UUAAGCAAUAAGGAUUUCCGUCUUCACACAGAAUAUUGACGUUCACAGCUAUAUUUGAAGAGAGAAACUAAAGUUUGUCAAAGUUGUCCACUUGUGUUUCAAGAUGCCACGCUCUUUUUUGGUCAAGAAACACAUAAACUCCGCAAAGAAGCCAAAUUAUAGUGAGCUGGAGAGUCCAACAGUGUUCAUCACGCCACAUUUCUACAAGGGCCUUCCCCUGCCUGUCAUUCCCCAGCCGGAGAUCCUAAGUCCGGCAGCGUACAGCCCCAUCACAGUAUGGACUACCAGCAACUUGCCGCUGUCUCCGCUACCCAGUGACCUCUCCCCCAUCUCUGGAUACCCUUCAUCGCUCUCCGAUACCUCCUCUAAAGACCACAGUGGCUCUGAGAGCCCGAGGAGUGAUGAAGACGAGCAGAUGCUGCCCAAACUGACAGACCCUCACGGAGUGGAGGCAGAGAAAUUCCAAUGUAGUUUGUGUAGCAAGUCCUACUCCACGUACUCUGGACUGCUCAAGCAUAAGCAGCUGCACUGCGACGCGCAAACGAGGAAAUCCUUCAGUUGUAAAUAUUGCGAGAAGGAGUAUGUAAGCCUGGGAGCUCUCAAAAUGCACAUCAGGACUCACACAUUGCCUUGUGUUUGCAAAAUAUGUGGGAAAGCUUUCUCUAGACCGUGGCUGCUCCAAGGACACAUCAGGACGCACACCGGAGAGAAGCCGUUCUCCUGCCCUCACUGCAACAGGGCAUUUGCAGACAGGUCCAAUCUCAGGGCUCACCUACAGACCCAUUCGGAUGUGAAAAAAUACCAGUGCAAGAACUGCUCCAAAACCUUCUCCAGGAUGUCUCUUCUGCACAAGCAUGAGGAAUCUGGUUGUUGUGUAGCACACUGAACUGGGAUACUCUUCCACCACCAGAAACCUUUUUUUUCCAGACCCAGGAGAACUGUCAGGGAAUCACAUCGAGCAAAGGGGGUUUGUUCCAAAUAUGCAGACUUUUUUUUCCCUACAACUGGUCCAUUUCAUUUCAGAGGGAGAAAUGGCUCGUGUCACGUGCUUCUUGUUUCAAGCAGUGUUUCUGUGAUUGCAAUCAGUGUCGAGCUUUUGUCAUACCAUGUACUCACCUACCUGUGCUAUUCAUGCACUUUUUGCAUGUCUAGAAUGUUUUAUAUGCCUACACAAUGUUAUCUUCAGUGUUUCUGCCAGUGUCUCUCAAUGGCUGCGUGCUCUGUUGUUAUGGAGUCCUCCACUUUUUUUUAUAUGAACCACAGAGACGAUACUAAAAGGCGCAUUAUGAACAGUAUAAGUAUAACCAGUGGAAUACUGAAGCCAUUGUUACUUAGGGAACAAGUGCAAACUUAGUGUUUAGGGUGAAAUUAUUAUUACUUUUGCACAGUCAUUAGAAACAGUUUGCCAGCACUCAAAUAGCAAUACAGUUUUUCUCAAGUGCCUCAGUUUCACUUGGCAAUAAUAUGUAUUUUUCAACAACAGUUUGCUUUUAUAUUUUUAUAUAUUGAAUGUAAGCGUGACUGAGAUGAUUGUAUAUUAACAGUGAAAACUGUGAUGCUGAAUGAUUUUCAU